AUGAACACGCAAGGCCCUUGCAGGGCUGCGCAGCGAGAGCUGAAGUGUCAGCCCCGAGCCACAGAGCUGGGCAAUCCCGGUCUUCUCUCCAGACAACCUCGAACAAGCCGUUCCCAGUGUUCACCAGACAGCUUGUCGCAAGUUCUGCUGGAGGCAAAGAGGGUCCGCUGCGAGGAGCAGACCCCUUCUGAGCUGGAGCUGCUCCGCCGUUACUCCUCACGGUCCCGCAGGGGACCCGGCGGAGGAGAGCCCGACGUGGAGAGAGCGGAGCUGCGGCUUCGGAAGGCUACGUUAAAAACCACGAACGUCCCAAAGCGAAGCGGCUGGAUUCCACUCUGGAAGCAGAAAUUGGGACGUGGAGAUGAGCCUGUUGUCUGGGACUAUCAUGUUAUCCUACUUCAUGUUUCCAGCGGGGAGCAGAACUUCAUUUAUGAUCUUGACACAGUGUUGCCGUUUCCGUGUCCUUUUGACAUGUACAGUGUGGAGACCUUUAGGUUGGAUGACAGCCUUCGUCCAGAAUUUCACAGGAAAAUCAGAAUGAUUCAAGCAGAUUUGUACCUGAAGACAUUUGCUUCAGACAGAUCUCAUAUGAAAGAUGCAAAUGGGAAAUGGCAGAAACCUCCUCCCUGCUGACAUCUUCCUUGUGUCCUCUGGGCAGACUCCAAGAUGAACUUAGAUGAUUUCAUCAGCAUGGAUCCCAAAGUAGGAUGGGGCUCAGUGUUCCCCCUUCCAGACUUUGUGCAUCAGUUUGGCAGACAGACUGAUUACAGCUGUUCCUUGGAAGGACAGUGA